CAAAGGUGUGAUAGUUUCAGUGAUGACCUUUGAGGGCACAGACUGCAGGUUGGCUGAGGUGGGACGACUGGCUGACCAGACUGGAGGAAGGGUAAACAUAGUAAACAUUGGUACCGUAGCAACAGAGAUCCAGUCAGCUCUGGCCGACAACAUCUUAGCGACGGGCGUCAGGGCAACGUUACUAGCAGCUGACGGCAUGUAUUUUCCCUAUGAGGAGUGUAACCACUGUCUAGUAAGGGAUAUAGGGAACGUAACAGAAGGAGUAGAGAUCACCUUUCAGUUUGCCUGCAAGCCUGAUAGUAUAGAGAGUUUCAUGCGUAGAGACAGACUACCGUUCCAGCUCCAGCUGUCCUUCACCACCAGAGAUCAACAGAAAGUAACACGCAUCAUUACUGAACAGAGGCGGUUACAACCAGCAGCAAGCAACACUGAAGCCUGCAUGAGAGCACCGGCUAUUAUGGACGACUGUAUGAUCACGCUCUCCGUAGCCGAAAGGUGCGUGCUUAGUCCCCUCCUGAACUCCCUGUUCAACCACGACUGCGUGGCCAAGCACGACUCCAACACCAUAAUUAAGUUUGACGACACAACAGUGGUCGGCCUGAUCACCUACAACGAUGAGACAGCCUAUAGGGAGGAGGUCAGAGGCCUUGCAGUAUGGUGCCAGGACAACAACCUCUCCCUCAAUGUGAACAAGACAAAGGAGCUGCUCGUGGACUAUAUGACAAGGAGGGCCGAACAGGCCCCCACUAACAUCGACGGGACAGAAGUGGAGUGGAGCGGGUCGAGAGAACAGGUUUGA